AUGCACUAUAUCCUGCAAGCCAAUGGCCAGGAUCCUCUGCGCUCAUAUGACGCUGUCGUUGCUAUAUGCCAAGAUCUGCUGUUUUAUGGGCCGUUGGAUACCUGUACGGUAUGUGGCCGCACUUUGGAAUUCACCGGCAUAAAAUAUUGGUGCAAAGGAACUCUCAGUGAGUGGAUUACUUGCAUCUACAGCACAAGAGAUCCGCCGAGGAAGCAGGAACCGAUCAAAUUACCCGAUUCCAUUAAAAAAUCUAGAGAGUGGAGGUCAAUUAUUGAAAAACAUGGAGGAAAAGUAGUCAACUCUGCUGUUGGUGCGACUUGUCUAGUAGUAUCUCCUGCUGAGCGAGAACGUGGUGGCUCGGUGAAAAUUGUGCAAGCCAUGUUAGUGCUUUUCACUGAGAAUUCAUGA